CUUUCCUGUCAACCAGCUGUCAAAAAGCUCCAAAAUGGUACAGCGACUUACAUUCAGACGACGAUUGUCGUACAAUACCAAGUCUAACCAGAGGAGAAUAGUCCGGACUCCUGGUGGCCGUCUGGUCUAUCAAUACGUCAAGAAACCCAAGAAGAUCCCGAGAUGUGGUCAGUGCAAAAGCAAACUGCGCGGUAUUGAGCCUGCCAGGCCUGCAGAACGUUCCCGCCUGUGCUACCGCAAGAAGACCGUAAAGCGUGUAUACGGAGGAGUCCUCUGCCACAAGUGUGUCAAGCAGCGCAUUGUCAGAGCUUUCCUUAUUGAGGAACAGAAGAUUGUCAAGGUCCUCAAGGCACAGCAAGCCAGUGUCAAGACCGGCAAGAAGUCAGCAAAGUAAAUGCUAGGGUUAAUAAAUAAGUAAAAACAAA